AUGGCUUUUUCUUCUUCUUCUCAUAAUCUUGAAGACAUGAUGGAUGAAACAUUUGAUCAACUUUUCGAUCAACAAUUCGAACAACUUUACGUUCAAGGUCAAGAAGCAUCAAGAGAAGAUAACCCAAAAGAUCAAGAGAUAACCUUUGAUUUCGUUUUCGUUUUCUGGGUCAAGAUGCUUGAAGAAGCCAAAUCAGACGUAGAGCAAGAACCCAUUUUGUCAAGCUACUAUCACGCUUCCAAUACAUCGCACCGGUCGUUAGAUUCUGAUUUGGCGAACAUUCUCUCAGUAAAGCUCAGCACUUCAACCUUACCAAGCAACACCAUUCUCGAGAUGUUCAUCAGCGUUUUAAAAGAAAGCCCAGAGAUGGUGGAGUCGGUGAAGCGAGACCUAAUAGCAGCAAAGGAAAGACACCGAGCUUGCUUAAGCUACGUCCAUUGCUUCCUAAGCUUCAAAGGCUUUCUCGCUUGUCAAGCUCAUCGCAUCGCUCACAAGCUCUGGACUCAAGACAGAAAAAUCCUCGCUUUACUCAUCCAAAAUAGAGAAGCUUUCGCCGUCGAAUUUCACCUUGGAGCCAAGAUCGGAAAAGGGAUUCUGUUUGACCACGCGACGGGGGUGGUGAUCGGAGAGACGGUGGUGAUCGGAGAGACGGCGGUGAUCGGAGAUAACGUCUCGAUUCUCUACGGCAUGACGCUCGGAGGAACAGGGAAUAUUACGAUCGGAGAGGGGGCUAAGAUUGGAUCGGGUUCGGUGGUGCUUAAGGAUGUGCCGCCGCGUACGACGGCGGUUGGUAAUCCGGCGAGAUUGAUAGGUAUCGAUCAAUUCCCAGUCGAGAGAGAUGUGGAGAGAAGAAGGCCAAUUUUGAUCAAGAGACGUUUCUUAGAGCAUCUGCAAAGCAGUUGCGGAUUUAAGUAUAGGCCCCACAAAACAGUAUAA